GGUCUAUCUCCAGGAGAGCCGCCCUAUUGGCUACCGUGGGCCCCAGCAGGGAGGAGCGAGCUGGAUUCAUGUUUAGUUUCAGCUGUCAGUCAAAGAACUUCCAGUUUUCCCGUAUCUCACCUGCCCAAGAGAUGGACGACCAAGGCUGUCCGAAAUGUAAAACAACAAAAUACAGGAAUCCUUCUCUGAAACUGAUGGUGAACGUCUGCGGGCACACGCUAUGCGAGAACUGUGUGGAAAUGCUGUUUGUGCGCGGCUCGGGCACCUGUGUGCAGUGCAACACACCCCUGAGGAAGAACAACUUCCGCGAGCAGCUGUUUGAAGACCCGGCCGUGGACAAGGAGGUGCAGAUUCGCAAGAAGGUGCUGAAAAUAUACAAUAAGAGAGAGUUUGACUUCCCCAGUCUGAGAGAAUAUAAUGACUACUUGGAGCAAAUAGAGGACAUAGUGUUUAACUUAACCAACAAUGUUGACGUGGAGGACACCAAGCAGAAGAUGGAGCAGUACCAAAAGGAGAACAGAGAUCUCAUCCAGAGGAAUAAAGCUAAACUUUCACGAGAGCACGAGGAGCUGGAGGAGCGCCUGUUGCUGGAGCAGCAGGAGAGCAAUCAGCGGAGACUGGAGGUGCUCCAGGAGGAGCAGAGGCAGCUGCAGGCCAAGAGGAAGAACAAGCAGGCUCUGCUGGAUGAACUGGAACAGUCAAAACUGCCUGCCAGCAUCUUGCUUGCCCAACACAAAGACCGCACUGUCCAGCUGGAGACCCAGAUAGAAAAGCAGAAACAGUCGGUCAAACCUGCCACUGUGUUUUCUACAGGCAUCCUUAUGGUGAGAGCAUUUCUUUAG